AUGGAACAGAACAUUAAGUUAUCUAAAGCUAUUAAAAUUGCUUCAUUUAUCCUUUUACCAAGGAUAUGUCAUUUUUAUAAUGAUGUGGUUAUUUUUAACAAUUCAUUGUGUAAUAAUUGCAAUAUUUUUAGAAAUCUACGUUCAAGAGAUUAUCGAUUACUAGCAAAAAAUAAACAAAAUAAAGAUUCAUAUAAAUUAUGUUUAAAAGACAAUAUGCCAAAUAAUGAAGAGGGUAAAAAGGAAAAAAGCAAAAAAUCUAAAAAGAAUUCAUUAAAUAAGGUGCAAUAUUAUACAGAAAUUAUGGAUUAUGAUAAUGGAAUAUUUGAUGGAAAACAUUUUCAUUUCGAAAAAAAAUGGAUAAAAAAAAAAAAUUACGAUUAUUUUAUUGAAAAUAACAGGAGAAUUCGUGAUAUCUCCUUAGAGAAAGUAAAAUUUAAAAGUUACGGAUUUGGAGUUACUUUACUUUUUCUUUUUUUCUUGUUGGGAUUAGGCUACCCCAUUUUACAUCAUUAUAAUUUGUUGGAAAGUGUAGGUGGAAAGCUCGUAAGUUUUCUAUCAACUUUUAACGAAAAUAUUAAUACAGCAAUUAAUGCGUCUGGAAUGUGUAUUAUAUUAUUUAGCAUAAUUAUGAUUAUAUUAUCUGUCAUACUAAUAAUAGCGUUACCUAAAAUCUUAAGAAAUAAUGAAAAAUAUGAAAAAAUCAAGUUGAUGAAUGAAUAA